GAACUGAGACGCGCUGUUAUUGGUCGACAGAGGGAAGGUCAGAGGGUAUAUUAUGAUUCCUUAUGUAGUCGGAGGUUUGUCGAUGUGACAUAACAAGUUACGACUGUGUCGGUGGGUGAAACAAACGUGCAAUAGCUUUAUUACCUUAGUUGUAUUAAAACAAUUAAAUCAGCCUCGUCUGCCAUAUUGGGUAGUCCACAUAUUUGCUUGUUGAUAACUAGUCGAAAAAGAAAAUGCGGUGGGGUAAGUAGUACCAACUUGCAAGCCCAAUCUGUCAGUAGCCUAAGUUACUUCAGUGUCCUCCAUAAGAUAAGGUGGCUAAAGUUUCCGUUGUCCUCCUGGAGGUGAACUUCUCUUAGUCUGAAUCAAACGUUGGUUGUUGUGUCCACGCAGUCUCGAAAAUGUUGUCAUGUCAACGUUGGCUUCGUCCUCAAAACAUAAACUUACUCAAGUUGUCCUCGGAGACGCUCCGUAGGUUAGCUGUGUGUCCCUGUGUGAGAAACACUAGUCUGUCAGUCGCACGCAGCUACGGGGCUUCUAUGCGCGCGUGGGUCAUUAACCAGUAUGGUACAAAUGAUGUGCUGGCGUUCACGGAAAACCACCCCGCGCCAAGUGUCAAUUUUGCACACGAGGUCGUCGUCCAAGUUCAUGCAGCAAGUCUGAAUCCACUUGAUGUAUCAAUGCGCGGUGGGUAUGGUGCAGGGGUGUUGCGCUUGAGGAGGGAUCCACGCACAACGUUGCAGAAAGGGUCAGAGUUUCCUCUCGUGCUGGGAAGAGACGUCUCCGGUGUGGUCAUGGAGUGUGGGUCAGGGGUGACACACGUACAAGCAGGAGACGAGGUGUGGGCAUCAAUUCCUCCAUGGCAACAAGGCAGUCUUGCAGAGUGUGUGCUCCUGAAUGGCAGUGAUGUCUCUCUGAAGCCUAAAUGGCUGAGUCAUGUUGAAGCUGCCUCGAUCCCGUACGUGGCAGCUACAGCCUGGUCAGCUCUAGUUACCACAGGGGGCCUACACAGUGAGAACUGCUCAAGGAAAAGGGUCUUGGUUCAUGGAGCAUCAGGUGGAAUAGGUACUUUUUCUGUACAGCUGCUGAAGGCCUGGGGUGGUCAUGUGACGGCUACCUGCUUCAAGGAUGGUGUCGGCCUGGUGAAGGAGCUCGGAGCUGAUGAUGUCAUCAACUGCACAGAUGCAGAUGCAGCCUCUCAACUAAAGACACGUCAAAAUUUUGAUCUGAUUCUGGAUAAUGUGGGCGGAGACACAGAGAGUUGGGCUAUGGACCUGCUGAAGCCUUGGGCAGGGUCAAAGUUCGUCACCUUGGUGUCACCUCUGCUGCGAAACACAGACUCUCUUGGCCUGGUGGAUGGAGUCUUGCAGUCAGGAAUGACUCUUCAUGACAAGGCAAUUAGGAGUGUGGUAAAAGGUGUUUUUUACCGCUGGGCCUUUUAUGUGCCGGAUGGGGUUGCACUGGACCGAAUUGGUGAAUUGGUGACAUCAGGAAAGAUCCGUCCGGUUGUCGAGACGACCUUUCCCUUCUCCCAGGUCGCGGAGGCCUUCCACAAGGUGGAGACGGGGCAAGCACGAGGCAAAACCGUCAUCGCCGUUGUGUCCGAGGAAGCUGAACCCUCCUCCGCCCACACGCCCAGUGACUGGCACACCCCAGCCGCCCCGACGCACGCUGACGGGCACACACGCGGCGAUGGAUACGCGGCAUCACUCGUGGCAGCAGAGGAGGCUCACACUACCAAAACACACGCUGAAUCAAUGGUGGAGUCAACAGCAGCAGCAGCAGCAGCAGCAGCAUCACCACCCGACACAGAGCAGGCUGUGCCCCCCCAAGCGCUGAAGGAGGGCUUGGCCGCAGAGGCUGUGGAGGAAGGGCAGGUGGAGGCUGCAUCUGUGUCUCCAGAUGUGUCAGAUCACCCACAGGCACAGGCAGAAGCACAAGCACAGGCACAGGCAGAGGUACAGCCCGAAGUAGAGGCAGAGGCACAAGUAGAGGCAGAAGCACAUGCACAGGUAGAGGCAGAGGUACAAACAGAUGCACAGGCACAGCCACAAGUAGAGGCAGAGGCACAACUAGAGGCACAGGCACAAGUAGAAGCACAGGUAGAGGCAGAGGCACAAGUAGAAGCACAGGUAGAGGCAGAGGCACAAGUAAAGGCAGAAGCACAUGCACAGGUAGAGGCAGAUGCACAGGCACAGCCACAACUAGAGGCACAGCCACAGGUAGAGGUACAGGUAGAGGCAGGGGCUGCACAGGGUACACAGACGACCAUAGACAGCAGACAGGCCAGUCACAGAGAAUGAGAGUUGGGUCUGGACCAACUUAAGACCCAACAAGACCUCAAGGAGUAGACAUACACACACACACACACACACACACCUUCAGAAUUCCCAUCUGUACAGGUGACUGGUAUUUACACACGCUCUUGCCUGUCACCAAGUCCCCUUUGUGUCUGUUGCCAACCACACAUACAUGGCUGUGUAAUACAAGUGCCUUUGGGAGGGGAGGGGAGAGGGGGCGUAGAUGGAGAUAGCUCUGAGCGUGGGGCUCAUGCUGUCACACACACACACACCAAAUACAAACACAGCUCUUGUCUCUUCUCAAACAGUGUGUCUUCAUAUAGUGUUGUUUGGCUUCAGCCCUAAAAUGUUUAUUUUUUGUUGUUGUGUGCUAUGGCUGCUUUCACUCUGUUUGUCUGUUGUAUAUGCUCACACACACAGACAAACUUUCUGCCUACCUCAAAUAGUGUAUCUUUUUCAAAGGCUCUCCAUGGCUUUAGACCUGACCAGACAGCCUUACUGACAUCAUCCUUACCUCUGGGGAGGAGGGACCACCUCAGCGUGUUUGUCCAUGUUUGCUUUAAGCAAUAAACUGUCAUCUUAUACAGAC